AUGGACGAAUUUGGUGUCUUAACCGAGCAAUAUGGGUUGAAGCCCCAAGGCAAGUCGGCUCCAAUGGCCGCAUCCAAACGACCCACGAGCGCCAACGACACCCAGGCCUGGAACUUCGUGCCCGAUUCGAAUUCGAACCCCAAAACGUCGUCGUACUCUUCCAGAUCUCCUCCCCCCAAUUCCAAUUCCGAUUACGCGUCUUUUUUUGACGCUCAGGACGGGCUCUUCCAGUCGAGCUCUAACGACAAAACGCGCAGUUUUGGAGGUCUGGACGAUUAUGAUGACAUCUUCGGCGGACCCGUUAAGCCCACAAAGCAAUCAGAAGGUUCUUCUUUCAAUUUUGAUUCGAUAUUUUCCGGUUCUAAUGCAAAAUCGUCGUCGUUUAAUGGAUAUAAGGAUGCCUAUGACGUGUUUGGUGGAAUGCCUGGCUUGAAGAGCCCGGGCUCUGGUAAGAGUAAUGCGAAGGGGGAUGAUAUUUUUGGGUCAUUUGCUUCGGCUCCGAAGCAGAGUGCUACAGCUGAUGAUCUGCUAGGUGAUCUUAGCGGAGUAAGACAAAAACUGCGAACUUUGAACGUGAAGAAUGAUAAAAAUGUUAAUAGGUCUGCAAAGGUGGGUAAGAAUGGAGGUGAUUUUGAUGAUUUGAUACCUGGGUUUGGUGGAAGCGCUCCUUCAAAUAAUGGAACAUACGCACAGGAGAAUCGUCAUCAGCAAUCGACCGUUCGUUCAACUAAAUCAAACUUCAGUUCAUCAUUGGACGACCCCUUUGUGGUGUUAGAAUCAGUUUCAACUUCAACUUCAACACCCGCAUAUGAUUCCUCAGAUUUUUUUUCAGAACUGGAACAAAUCAGUAAGUUCAGCAAUUCUGGAGGAGCAAAACUUGGUGUUUCAUCAAAUAGUUCCACAAAAUUGAAAUCCCCUCCGAAGUCAGCCCAAGUUUCAAAGGGAGAUAAAGAAAGGAGCUCUGGUGUGUCUUCUAUAGAAGAACUUGAGGAAUUUGCCAAAGGUACGGUGCAAAACAAUGCAACUGGACGCACAAAUGUUCAUUCUCAUGAAGAUGUAGAAACCUCAGCUACAAGACAUGGUAGAUCUAGUGAAGAUGAUCUAAUGGGCUUUCGAUCAAACAGUGUACCAAGGUCAUGGGCUGCACCUGCAACUUUGGACCCAGUAUUUGAUGCACCGACAAACAACAGAGGAGGGCCUAGACCCCAAGGGACAUCUGGAACCUCAAGUAGCAUGAAGAAGUCUUCGUCUGCGACUGGCAUUUUUGAUGACCUUUUUUCAAUGAAUGGAGCUUCCCCUGGUUUUGUAGAAUUUGAGGAAGUUGAAGGUGAAAGUGAAGAAAGACGCAGAGCCAGAUUGGGACGUCACCAAAGAGCACAUGAGCGUGCGUUACAAGCAGUGGCUGAUAUGAACCAACGCGAUCGUAAGACUCAGCAGGAGCAAGAGGAGAAGCGUAGAAUUGCUGAGACUCUCAAUAUCAAAAUAAAGAGCUGGUCGUAUGGGAAAGAAGGCAAUAUGCGUGCACUGUUGUCAUCAUUGCAAAGUGUGCUUUGGCCUGAAUCUGGAUGGGAGCCAGUUUCACUGACAGAUUUGAUUACAUCCAGCUCAGUUAAAAAGGUUUAUAGAAAGGCCACAUUGUGUAUCCAUCCUGAUAAGGUUCAACAGAAAGGUGCUAGUCUUGAACAAAAAUAUACUGCGGAGAAGGUUUUUGAUAUCCUUAAGGAAGCUUGGAACAAGUUCAACAAGGAGGAACUCUCUUAG